UGGGACGACGUUCAAGAGUCACUUACUCACUUUUUAACACUAGAACGACGCUCUCGCGAGAAUUCCCUUAGGCCCAGGGCGCGGAGGGGGGCGUCUGCAUCACCGACACCAGCCCAGUCUCACAAUCAAGAUUGGCGGCUCGUUGGCGGCCGGCCUGCGACUGGUCGUCUCCUCACCCAUGCUGCGCAUAGGGAGAUCGACCGUCGACGCGACUCGCAGCCCAACCCGACCUACAUAUCGGCGGAGCGUUUUCCCAUUGAGGAACUGCUGGGAUGGAGAUGUACGAUGGGGAUAGCGUGGUUAUCAAUGUGAGAUGGGCGGAUGGUAGCCCUGAUUCUUGGGAGCCUGAGGAGGUCAUGCACCUCGAUAGUGCGCAGAUGCUCUUGAACUUCUGGAGGCGGCAGGGUGGUCGCCAUAAGGCAACUGGCCUACGAGAACACCGUGUCCUCAGGGUACUCAAGUCGAAGGAGUCCAGGACCGACAAGGACAGUCGGUUAUACCAAUGCCAAUGGAUUGGGCUGCCAGCAAGUGAUGAUUACACCACUUGGCUGUCCCUGGACGAAGUCACCGAUAUUGCACUGGGUCAAUGGUUGGAAUUUGUUACGGGUCUUGAUGAUAUCUUCGGUUGAGAUGCUGGAAACUGUAGAAUCAUGUAUUAUUUACUCGUCGAUGGAUUUCCCGAUCUCCUUGGUUUGCAUUAGGGCUGUUGGUUAUUUGAUGCGUGGUCGGUUUGAAACGGUUGAACGGUGGAGCUGUUACUUAAUGUUAUGGGGGAUGCUUCAAGGCGCAUCGCUUCCUCGGUCGCACCACUUAUUACACUUUCUUACCGUUUGCGAAAAUUACAAAAAUAGUCGCAAGCGAACAAUCAAUUGGCAAGUCAUUGGUCUC